AACAAGUUGCUAAACUUAGUUGAAUCAUUGGCUAGGUGAGAUUGUGAUAAGAAGUUUGUUGUGGUUGGAAAUAGACAGGAAUUGGUGUGAGAGGAAUUCAAUUUUUUUUUCCCUAGUAAGAUCUUAAUAAAAAUAAUUUGGUUGCAAUAACUAAUCUCCUGCAAUAUAAUGUCUUUUGGCUUGUCAACAAUGGAAUUAGCAAUGUUUAACCAAAUAGCUGAAAUAAACGAGCACCUCUUCCUGUCUAGUGCUGCAGCGGUGCGAGGAGAAAAGAUCCGCAGCCUUGGUAUCACCCACAUUAUCAACUGUACCCAGGAUGUACCAAAUCUUGAUCACCAUGGUAUAGAAACAUAUCAAAUACAUAUAGAUGACGUACCAUCUGCUCGUCUUAAUGUCUAUUUUGAUUGUUGUGCUGAUAAAAUUCACCAGGUAGCAUGUUCGGGAGGUAAAACAUUAGUACAUUGUGUAGCUGGAGUCAGUCGUUCAGCUACUAUAUGCAUGGUGUAUUUAAUGAAAUAUUACCGAGUCAGCUUGCGGGAAGCCUAUUUGCAUGUCAAGAAACGGCGGUCUGUUAUUCAUCCUAAUUUAGGAUUUUGGAAGCAGAUGGUGGAUUAUGAAAGAACCACUUUGGGUAGCAGUUCGGUUAAAAUGGUUCAGUCUAAUGCUGGACUUAUACCAGAUGUCUACAUAGAGCAAUAUCGUAACUUGGUUACAUUUCCAACCACAAAUAAAUCAUCUUCUUCACGAUAUUCAAAUUACUCUAACAGUACAACCUCUCCGCGGUACAGUAAUUAUUCAAGCUCUACAUCUCCUCGCUACGAUUAUACCUCUCGUCACAACUAUUCGACGUAUGGAAGCUCAUCUUCUCCAAGAUACGAUAUUUUGAAUUCUUUGACCAGUUUGACCUCGCCUAGGUAUGACGUCACAAAGAAUAAUGUAUCCCCCAGAUACGACACCUCCAGUACUGCCCAUAGACUGGGCUUUAUUAAUUCUAGUACCAAUGGUGGUACUAGUCCUAGAUAUGGAGGUUCUAGUUCCUAUAAUACUAUGACUAGAUAUGGUUAUUAAUAUGUAUAAUAUAUGAAUGGUGAUCAAAUAAUAAAUUAUCAAAGUAAUAAAAGAGAAAUCAAUCAGUGGUCUGUGCUUCAUUGAACAAACUUUAAAGCAGCAAGCUUAUAAAUAGACUUCAGGUUUAUUUUACAUUAAUUAGGGGAAAUCAUAUAUUGAGCACAAAAGUUGUUAAAAUAAUCAGUACCCAUGAAAUUAUUAUUUUUUUUAACGUGGGUAAAUACUACAAUAUGAUGAAAAUUAAUUAAUAUGAUUAACGAGAGAAUAUUACUUGUUAAUUUGCUGAUAUGAAUUAGAUUUGGCUUAUAUUUUGUGAUUUUAUUUUAUUAGAAUUUAUUAUUCUUAUCGUAUCUUUUCUGAUUGGAUACCAGAGCUAAUACCGAAAUUAGCUGGAGAAUAUAUUUAUAUAGAAGUUUAUUUACAUGUCCCAAAACAGGAUAAUUUAGAAAAUUACCAAUUUAAUUAUAAAAAAAUACUACCAUAAUAAACAUAUAACAUGUUUGUGAAUUGUAAGAGAGAAAAUAAAAUGGAGAAUAUAUUUAUAUAGAAGUUUAUUUACAUGUAUAAAUAUAUACAUGUUUGUGAAUUGGGAGAGAGAAAAUAUCCACUGGAUGAAGAAUCCUUGAUCUAUUCUCCUUUGUCUAUAAUAAGACCGGGACAGACUACUGAUUGAUAUAUCUUCCUGUUUAAACUAUUUGUUUUAUAAUCUAAUUUGUUAUAUGUAUUGUUAGAAUGUAUAUCUAUUGUCUUCAUAAAUCUAAAAAUGUUUCUGUUGUAUACUUGAAAUGAUCUCAUUCAGAUAUUUAUAAAUUUUUCGGGGGGAAUAAACAUUGUCUACAAUAAUUACAGGUAUUAGGCAUGAUGAAAAUAAAUUUAAGAACCUGUAUUUUAUGAAUAGAUUAAGAUACAUUGUGCAUUCUUCAACAUAAUGAAUCAAGUUUGUAAGGGGAUUUAAGAUAUAGGUAAACCAAAUACAAGAAUUAAGAACAUCUUGUAGUCUAUAUAUUUUUAUGGUGUUGGAUUCAGGAGUGUAUUGUGAAGACAAGCAUAAAAUUUUAAAACACAUAAACGUUUUGAAGUAACUUUCAUUACAAAAAAUAAAUCUUGUGACAAGAAUUCAUUAUGAAAAUUUCCUAAUUCAAUCCCUUAAAGCACCUGUGCAAGUUUUGAAAUGGUUGUGAGGAUUUCAUUAGUUUCCAGAUUAAGUUCAAUCUCGGACUAUGUAAAUGUGAUAUGACAUACGUCAACAUUUGACAUGUUGUUCUUGUCUAGUCAUUACUUGUAUGUAAAAUUAAAUAAUAUAUGCCAUCAUACAUCAUCUUGUCUUAUUGUUUCGUAAAGAGUUACUGGAGAACUGUUGUCAGUUUGGUACUAUUUCUUUAUUUUUAUUAAUUGUCAAGAUAUUGUUUGCCCCUUUCUUCAUGGGUUACAAAGCAGCCAUGAUAAGGUUUGUAAGUUAUUAGAGUAUUAUAUUUUGGCACAUAAUGUUUAUAUACUCAUAAUAAAUUUUUACCAAGAUAUCUCGCACAUGGUAAUAAAUUUUUACCAAGUACUGUUAUCUCUCAGAUGGUAAUACAUUUUUACAAAGAUAUCUCUCACAUGGUAAUAAAUUUUUCCCAAGAUACCUCUCAGAUGGUAAUAACAUUUUUACCAAGAUAUCUCUCAGAUGGUAAAAAAUUUAAUUUAUCCUUUCUCAGCAAUGUCUCCAGUAACUUCUGACUUGGUCACAGAUGACCUUGUGACAAGGUGAUAUAGUUUAUAAUGGCUAUAUAAUAUGAGGUUAUUAUGUGCAUAUAAAUUAUUAUUUUGUAUAUUAGAUUUUUUUUCUUUAUUAUUUGUUUAUUGGUUAUUAUUAUUACAUUAUAUAUACAUGUUCAUGUCUGUAUAUUAAGCAUUUCCAUUGAUCAGAUUUUUUGGACAUAUUUUCUGUGUCCUGGAAUGAUUUAUUUAUUUUCUAAAUAACAUGUAUCACUAUUAUAUUUUGUUUAGUAUUAUUAUCAUUAUUAUUAUUUUAUAUCAUUAGUCUUUUAAUAAUGGAUAUUACUUAAUACUGUUCUUAAGGCAAACAUAUAUUUGUAAGUUGUCUCAGGGGUGUGCAAACUGAAAGGUCCUGAUAUUAUAUUUGGUAGAAAUAUGUGUUAAGUUGCAUAACACGUUGUCCUUAUGACAGAAGUUACGGAAGUGCAAGAAACUAUCAAUUUGAAAUGAACUGGGAUUUAACAACCUACUUUUCUGUACCAACUGGUCUAAUAACGACAUCCAUAUGCCAUCCAACACGGGGAGACAUCCUGGUUAAUGAGUCAUCAUGGCUACAGGAACUGUCGAAAGGAGGAAAUAAUGAAAGUUGCACACCUUUAAUAUUAUUAUUAUACUCUUGAAUUUUAGAGUUAUUUAUUUAAAGAUGUUUAUUAUACCAAAGACAUUUAUAAAAGGUUUUUUAUUGGUUUUAUUUAAAUGUAAAACAUCUAAGAAAGUAGACUAUAGACAAAAUGCACAUCUGUGUACAUAAUUUUCGUAGUUGCAUUAUUUCAAAUACAUCUAAAUAUAUAUUAAAUGUAAUCUUUUGAAGAAUUAUAUCUCAAGACAAUACAUCUUCACAGGCCAUUGUUUUCAAUUAUUAAGAAAUGGCAUACAUGUUCUAGAAGUCUGCUUCAGGUUAUGUUUGUCAUUUUCAGCCAUGAUGUAGUUUGAUAUACAUGUACUAUCAAAACUAAAUAAAUCAAGCUUACUACUGUCUUGUGGGAAGCAUUAUACUGAUUUUGCUGACUCGAUAAAAAAAAAAUGACUUAUGAAGAUGCUUUGUCUUUGUGGUCUGAAUCCUUAAUAAAUCAAAUUCAGCUAAAACUACAAAUUCUCCAGCACUCCUUUUAGUCUCAUAAUCACACUUACGAGAUUAACUGGAAGGAAACCUGCUGCAGAGGUUUUUAAUAUAUCGUUUUAUUGAUCGAUGAUGGAUAUACAAGAUAUAUUAAUUAUAGAUUCAUGUACCUAACAGUAAAGUAUUGAUGUUUGUUUUCUAAUAAUCAUUAAUGUGCUUAAUCUCUUUAUCUGUUAUAGGGCACACCAUCAAUAAUAUAUUUACUUAAAAGUGAUAAAGAAGAUCUUGCCAUUUGGUCCAUACAUAUUAUGCAUUAAAGAUAAACUCAGGUUAUGUAAAUUAUGCAUUAAAGUAGUUGUUACCAGUUUCAAGAAAGAUAUUUCAAACUGAAAUAUUUCACUGAAUGCAAUGAUUUUACUUAGAAGCAAAGGUAUAUUGUUAUAAAACUGAUCAGGGUUUAUAACUAGGAAUAUUUUUAAAGGAUAAAGGAUAUGUUUGUUCCUUAGGAUUAUCAUAAUUUGGUAUAUAUGAAACCUGAUUUAUUGUAAUAUUGUAAUAAUUUCAAUACAUACAAAAAAUCAUUAUCUCAGUAUCUCAGGCCUUUUGUCACCCUCAACAGCAUUUUAUUUCAUUGGUCAGUUUGGUACCCCCAACAAUAUAUAGAAACUAUUGAUAAUUUUUAUGCCAGUUCAAAAUUUAAUCUUCUAAUGAAAAUGUAAUGAAAUUAUGUUCAGGGUGAUUUGAGCCUCUAUAAUUUUUUUGAAUAAAAAAAAAAAUAUAUUCAUACUCGUAUGAUUCUACUAUAUAAUAUUACGUAUUAAUAUUCAUUGUUUAUUUUUCAUAGUCACAUUCCUCUGUUGCUUUUUUAUAUUUUGUUUAUUAGAUGUGUGUACAUAAAUAUUUUAAUUUAUUGUUACUCAUUGUAUUAUUCACUUUUAGAUAUAGCAACAAAAAAACAUGGUAGAAACUGUUAAGAGACCAAUGUUUAGGGUUUUAUAAUGAUAGGUUGUUUUUUUUUGAGUGAAAUAAAUAAGCAUGAGAAAAAUAUACAUAUGUUGUAAGGAUUGUUUUAGUGUCAAAUAAUUGAAACAGGUAUGUAUGUAGCUUUAAUCAAAAGCUUUAUAAGGAAUUCCCACAAAAAAAUAAAAAAUAGAUUAUACAAUAUUAUUUUUUGUGUAUUUUGACCCCAAUAUUUGGUUCUUCAUGUUGAAAAUAUGUAAAUGAAAAUAUUUGAAAUUUUAGAAGAUAAUAAAAACCUGAAUUUGAAA